CAUGCACACAAGUUAAUAAAAUGUGCGUCGUAAAGAAAUGCAUCAGGCGGAUUUAGACAAUAGGUAUAAACAGUUAUGUUCUGCCAAUGUUCCUUUUACUGACAAACUAUACGGUGAUGAUGUAUGUAAAAAUGUCAAAGAGAUUCAAGAUAUGAGUCGUGUUGGGAAACAGUUGUCUGUACUGUCAAGAUUUAAGGGUCCGAGAAGAGGCCGUCCAUAUCCCUCAGGGCCUUAUGGCAAUUUCCGAGGAAGAGGCCGUGGUCGUGGUGGACGUUACCAACCAUUGACGAGUAGUUAUACUCAAGCGCCAAAAAAACCCCAAGAUGGGAGUCGGCAAACGUUAAAUUUAGAGUUUGGUAGGCAGAUGUCUGCAGAAGGUACUGCACGACAGAGCAGACUGUGUUUUAAUAGCUCCAGCGUGGGAAACGCAGAAUUUUUAUCCAGUACUGAUGAAUAUGUUGAUAGACAACCCGGUUAUGCUUCCACAAGGGAACAUUUUAUCCAUAGUGAACACCAACAAAGUACAUCCGUUAAUGAAGAAAUUACGUCUGAUAGCUUGUCGGCUUUCAGGAGAUCUUUCCAAAGUAAGAACAUAUCAGUUAAGUCUACCAAUAUCAUACUUGCAUCAUGGAGAAAAGAUACGAAAAAACAAUAUGUGUCUUAUAUCAAUCGUUGGACCAGAUUCUGUAAUGACAGACAGAUUAAUUCAGUUCAAACAGAUUUAAAUUUUGUCUUAGAUUUUCUUACAAGUCUCUAUGACAGUGGAUGUGGUUAUAGUGCUAUUAAUACAGCACGAAGUGCUCUUUCAGCUAUAGGUAUUGUUAAAGAUGGGUUUUCCAUUGGAUCUCAUCCAAUAGUAAUCAGAUAUAUGAAAGGUAUUUUUAACCUUCGACCUUCAGUUCCAAAAUAUUGUGAAACAUGGGAUGUAUCGUCAGUUUUAGCCUAUUUGAGGAAAUUGUCACCUGUUAGCAAACUUUCAUUGAAGCUUUUGACUCUAAAAUUAUGUAUGUUAAUCGCAUUGACUUUGGCAAGCCGGGUUCAGUCUAUAUAUUUACUUGAUAUAAAAGACAUGAGGAAAUGUUCUUCAUCAUAUAUUUUACAAUAUAGUGGGCUAUUAAAACAGUGUCGUGCUGGGUUAAGUAACCCUGUUGCUGAAUUGAAAUCUUAUCCUCCAGAUAGGAGAUUAUGUGUUGUUUUUGUGCUUAACCCUUUCCCCCAUGAGCAUAUUGUGAAAAAUGGCCAUUUUCACUGAAAAGCCUCCUGUUACAAGUUCAAACUGCUAUGAAACUAUGAAAAAUGCUUCAAUACUAAUCAAACUUGGCACAAAUGUUGACUGGACCAUUGCCUUUGUAACGACCUGCUCAGUCUUAAAUUUCCUGUUACCAUGGCAACGAGGGGGCAUCUCAAAAUUGCCAAAAAUCACUUUUUUGCCUCGAUUUUAACCAUCAAAAUUUAUUUCAAAGUGCUGCAACUUCUCAAGGGAUUGAGAUAGAGUCAAAGGCUUUUCGGGGUUGGUUGCACGUUACCAUAUGAUCGACCUGGGGUCAAUUUAAGCCUCUCACAAGUCCAA